UUUCUUACUCUAAUAUUAGAUUUUAAUACAAAAAUAACAAACAUGGUAUUGGAAAAAGAGCCCAAAUUAAUGGCAAAUUCAAAAUUAUUGAAAACGAUCGGAUUAUACCAAAUAUUGAAUUCAAGUAGCCCCCAUCCAAAAGUGUAUGGUUACAAUAGUUUUAAAUGUAUAGCUGUAAUCGAAAUAUUUAUUGCUACUGCAACAAUAAUUUCGUGCAUUUUAAACGCAUUCUACUGCCUGAACGACAUAAACGAGGCAACGAGAUAUUUCUCGAUAGGCGUGAUGUGUGCUAUUAUUGCCUUUAAGUUUUGUUACAUAAUUGGUUACUCAGAUACCAUAUGGAAUUGUUUACGUAUAACGUCCAUCGAAUAUUUAACUUACAAGUAUCACAGCAGACGUAUGCUUGAAGUUGGCCGAAAGAGAUCAAAAUUCUUUUUGAUACUUUUCAUAGUUCUGUGGAUUGCGGUUUACUUAAAUUGGAUGUUGAUACCAAUCGUUGUACAGAAUUCUUAUGUACGAGUAGAGGCGGAACAUUUGAUUUACCACUACCGAACAAACAUAAUGAGUUUAGUUUAUCCGGUGACUGAUAAAUUUUACAAUGAAAAUUUUAUAAUGUUUUACAGUAUCGAAUGUAUAGUUAUGAUUGUUGGGAUUCAUAGUACAUUUAUGUUCGAUACGCUUCUAAUUUCAACGUGUAUUACAAUCACAUGUUAUUUAAAGACUAUUGCAAAUUCGUUUAGUACACUUGGGAACGUAGAGAAUCACUUUAUGAAUAACCGGAGACCCACAGCCAGAUACGAUGAAACAAAAAUAUUAAAUGAUUUCAAGAUUAUAAUUCAAGAUCAACAAAAAGUAAUAGAAAACAUGAAAAAUAUCUACAAAGUGAUUCGACCAGUCAUACUUUUUCAAAUAGCUGCUGGAUCAUCAGUUAUAAUAUUACUAUCCAUCAUAACAAUAAUGAAUUAUUUCAAUGGUUUUUCAUUGGCAUCGCCAAUGAACUUAAAUUUAUUAUCCACAAUAUUAACAUUUACAUUGGAAAUAUAUUUUAUCUGCUAUUUACUUAACGGUGUCAAUGAACAAAAAGAUUCAUUGAAUUUUGCAUUGUAUAGUAGUGAUUGGUUAGACAAGAGUUUAAAAUAUAAAAAAAAGAUUCUGUGUGCUAUGCGAAUGAACAACGCCAACCAACUGAAGCUGCAAGUAACGUUGACAAGAAUCGUAAAUUUGGAACUGUUUACAGGCGUGAUGCGGACAACAUAUUCAGUUAUAUCGGUGUUGUCAGAUCAGCUUGCAAAACAAACAUAA